AUGGAUACAGCGAGAAGAACCAGUCUAUGGCUUCUUCUUUUCUUUUUAGCAUUAAUAACCAUCGUUGUGUUGAGAGCCGAUGCAGUGAAAAAUGGCACCGUAGGCAAUGCCAUUCCAUUGAAUCUUGAUAAGCUCCCUGAAGAAGAAAAUGUUGGAGGAAGUAGCAACAACAAGUCCUCUUACACUGAAGUUGUUAUCAACAAUAACAAAAAUAGAUAUUCUGGCGGUGGCGGUGGCGGCGGUGGCAGAUACAAUUAUGGCUGGGGUGGUGGAGGGGGCGGGGGCGGGGGCGGGGGCGGGGGUGGAGGUGGAGGUGGAGGGGGAGGAGGUGGAGGUGGAGGAGGAGGAGGAGGAGGAUGGGGCUGGGGAGGAGGAGGUGGUGGAUGGUACAAAUGGGGAUGUGGAAGAGGAAGGAGAAGCAUUAAUAGGAAGAGAGAAUUCAAGAAAGAAGAGUACAGAGUAGGUGAGUAUGCACAAUGCAUGGGAAGAGGAAGAUGUAGAUGGAAGAGGCUGGAUUGCCCUCUUCAUUGUGGUGGACCUUGCUUCUAUGACUGCCAACAUAUGUGCAAGGCUCAUUGUCGACGACCUUAAAAGACUUCUUUCUCCAAUUGUUUUUUUUCCUUAAUUCUGAUAUAUGGUGUGGGUGUGCAUGGAAGAUUGAUUUUGUAUGUUGUUUUUUGCUUGAUGGAUUUGACUUAGGUUUUGUUUACAUAAAUAGAGGCAUAAUUGUGAAUGUUGGAUCAUUACGAUUUACUAUUGGAAAAGUAGUAGAGAAUAAUUACUAAUUACACCUGGACGUCUUGAUUAGAGAAAAAAGGUUUUAAUUGCCAUACCAUUAUCAUAGUUUUUGCUUUUGAUAUGAAUAUAAGGUCCAUUGAUCUUGUCAAGACUUAUAGUCUCACAUUGGAUUGAUAUAACUUAACUAAGUGGUAUAUAAGUAAAUGUUCAAUUACUUUUAAACAAGUGACACAUUAUUUUGUAAACCCCGGAUACUUAGAUUCCCCCACUCAAUAAUGCUCUGAUUAGGUUGAUACCAUGAUACAUUUGCAGCCACAUCACAUCAAUGGGACAUGCAAGUUCUUGAGAGAGGGAUUUAGUUAUGUAGAUGAGUUCAGCCGAGUCGGGCUUAUCAAUCCCUAGUUCUGACUUGUUUAA